AUGUCCGCCCUCAUUGAAGUCGCUUCGGAGACCGACUUCACGUCGCACUUGGCCUCGCUGUCGCCAUCAGCCCUACUUGUCCUAUACUUCCACACGCCAUGGGCCGCACCAUGCACGCAGAUGCGCGCCGUCCUCGAGGCCAUCGCCGGCCAAUACCCCGCCACCUCCCCGCCGGUUAUCUCGUUUGUCAGCAUCAACGCAGAGGAGCUGCCCGAUAUCUCCGAGGAACUCGACGUCACAGCAGUUCCCUUCGUCGUGCUGAUGCGCGGUGGUCAGAGGCUGGAGGAUAUUAGCGGCAGCGACGCCGUCAAGGUCCGCACCGCCAUUGAGCGUCACGCCGGUGGCGCCGCGCCCGCGGACGGCGCAAAGACUAGCAUUCCUGCUGCCCUCUCAGCUACACCUCGGGAGAACGGCCCUGAAGUUGCGACGCAGGCCCCUGCUACUGCGUCUAAUGCGCCCGAGCCUGCGGCCAACGCCAUUGAUGUCUCUUCUACCCCGGCUCUGACCCCCGAGCAGUCCAAGGAGGCGCUGUGGGCACGCCUGGAUCAGCUUGUUAAGGCCGCCCCCGUCAUGCUGUUUAUGAAGGGUACACCCAGCUCGCCGCAGUGUGGCUUCAGUCGGCAGCUUGUCGGGAUUUUGCGUGAGCGAAGCGUUAAGUACGGCUUCUUCAACAUUUUGGCCGACGAGGAUGUUCGACAGGGUCUGAAGGAGUAUGCCGACUGGCCCACUUUCCCUCAGUUGUGGGUGAGCGGCGAGCUGGUUGGUGGACUGGAUAUUGUCCGUGACGAGAUCGAAAACGACCCUAGCUUCUUUGACCAGUUCUCGGUUAACAAGCAGUCUUAA